CCGGUAGGAAGGUUGUGGUUCCUGCUUCCUCUUGAACAAGGAAGACGUCCUUAGCUGGGUCCCACCUGCAGUUGCUGCUAACAUUCAAAUUCGUAUUUAAAGAGGAGAUGACAUGCCAGUGUCCAAAGAUGUCAGACAGUGCUUGUGAUGUGGACACGGACCAGAAUUAUUUUGAAGAGGAAGUCAGACUGGCCUCCUUUGCUAAUUUUUCAAGUAGCUACCCUGUUUCUGCCCCAGCACUAGCACGGGCCGGCUUUUAUUACACUGGAGAUGGAGACCGAGUAAAGUGUUUUAGCUGUAUGGCUAUGGUCGAAGAUUGGCAGCAUGGAGACACGGCAAUCGGCAAGCAUCGGAAAAUAUCUCCAAACUGUAAAUUCAUUAACGGCUUUAAUAACUUCCGAAGCGAUUGUAUCCAAACUCAAGCUCCUGUCAUGCAGAAUUCUCAUGCCAAUGGUUUCCCAAAUUCUGCUGAAGACCCGGGUGAGAAAUCUAGUUCUGAGAUUAUGGCAGACUACAUGCUAAGGACUGGAAGAGUUGUCGAUAUGUCGAAACCAAAAUACCCCAGACACAUGGCAAUGUGUAGUGAGGAAGCCAGACUGCAAACAUUUCAAAACUGGCCAGGCUAUUCCCCGUUAAUGCCAAAAGAGCUUGCCAAUGCAGGUCUCUUUUAUACAGGCAUCAACGACCAAGUCAAAUGCUUUUGUUGUGGUGGAAAACUAAUGAACUGGGAACCUAGUGACAGAGCUUGGACAGAACACAAAAAACAUUUCCCCGAAUGCUACUUUGUUUUGGGACGUGAUGUUGGCAAUGUGACGAGAGAUGCCAGUGUGCAAGGCAGUACAUACAUGAACAGCUACAAUGCUCGUCUUGAGACCUUUUCAUCAUGGCCAUUUCCAAUUGACAAGGAAACACUCGCUAAAGCUGGAUUUUAUAGGAUAGGUGAUGAAGAUGCCACAAAAUGCUUUUCUUGUGGGGGAAUGUUAAAUUGUUGGGCAGCAAACGACGAUCCUUGGGAAGAGCAUGCAAAGGCAUAUCCUGGAUGCCAGUUCCUGAUAGAAGAAAAGGGACAGCAAUUUAUAAAUAAUGCCCAGUUACAGAGACCUAUUCUACACAAGGCAAACUCUGGAGAAGCAUCACCUGCAUUACCCAAGGAGAUCAGCAUUGAAGAGAAACUGAGACAACUAGAGGAGGAGAAGGUCUGCAAAGUUUGUAUGGACAGACGGAUCACCAUUGUUUUCAUACCCUGCGGCCAUCUUGUGGCAUGUGCUGUAUGUGCGGAUGUGCUUGAUAAAUGUCCAAUCUGUUGCACUAUUAUAGAAAGAAGACAAAAAAUUUUUAUGUCAUAACCUGAAAUGCCAAAGCUCAGUUGGCACGUUAAUUGAACAAAUCAGAAUACUAAUCUUAGCGCAUGGACUGCAGAGGGGCAUGGCCAGAUAGAUAUUAAAAAUGUUGACACUUUGUAAUGAGUCUCUGAAUCUUGAGGCAAAAUCUUUUAUUAAUGUUGUAGAAAUGUUUUCAACACAGUAGAACAUAGAUUUUCCACCGUGGAUUGAAUAGAUCAGGUGGUUAUAAGAUAAUGGAUAAAAAUGGCACCUUCCAUUUACAUUCUUUUAAACAGCCAAUACUAAAGGAGGACAUGGAAUGUUAUUUUCUGCUUAUUUGUAUCUUUAAUAUGAGUGAGAGUUUCCAUGUUGCUUGCCACAAACCAACUCUGUUUAUUGUGAAUAAAGGGUGCAGUAUAUAGUU